AUGCACAUUCUCCUCCCAGUCCAGGCCACCACCAAUCUUACUGCCCGUACGAGCUCCUCCAUACCACCGGUUCCGUGCCAUCCUGAUCAAGCCUCAGCGCUGCUCCGGCUGAAGCACUCCUUCGACGCGACGGUCGGCGACUACUCCACUGCCUUUCGGUCGUGGGUCGCCGGCACGGACUGCUGCCGCUGGGAUGGCGUCGGCUGCGGCAGCGCCGAUGGCCGUGUAACCUCACUCGACCUGGGCGGCCAGAACCUGCAAGCCGGCAGCGUCGACCCUGCACUGUUCAGGUUAACCUCACUGAAGCACCUCAACCUCUCCAGCAACAAUUUUAGCAUGUCCCAGCUCCCGGUGAUCACCGGAUUCGAGCGUCUCACCGAACUGGUUUAUCUUGAUCUCUCUGACACCAACAUUGCGGGCGAGUUGCCAGCUAGCAUCGGGCGCCUUACGAACCUGGUCUACCUGGACCUCUCCACCAGCUUCUACAUCGUCGAAUACAACGACGACGAGCAGGUGACAUUCAACUCAGACUCAGUUUGGCAGCUCUCAGCGCCAAACAUGGAGACCUUGCUUGAAAACCUCAGCAACCUGGAGGAGCUCCAUAUGGGAAUGGUGGAUCUGUCCGGCAAUGGAGAACGAUGGUGUUACAACAUAGCCAAAUAUACACCAAAGCUUCAGGUUCUAAGUUUACCUUAUUGCUCACUGUCAGGUCCCAUCUGUGCAUCGUUCUCUUCCUUGCAAGCACUCACUAUGAUCGAGCUUCACUAUAAUCGCUUGUCAGGUUCAGUGCCAGAGUUCUUGGCUGGCUUCUCUAAUCUCACUGUUCUUCAGCUAUCCAGAAACAAGUUUCAAGGAUCGUUUCCUCCCAUCAUCUUCCAGCACAAGAAGUUGAGAACGAUCAACCUCUCUAAGAAUCCUGGCAUAUCUGGUAAUCUGCCAAAUUUCUCACAGGACACUAGCUUGGAGAAUCUGUUCCUCAAUAACACAAACUUCACAGGUACGAUUCCUGGUUCCAUCAUCAAUCUCAUAUCUGUUAAGAAGUUAGACCUUGGUGCAAGUGGCUUCUCUGGAUCACUGCCCUCUUCGUUAGGCAGUCUCAAAUACUUGGAUAUGCUACAACUGUCUGGACUAGAGCUAGUAGGAACCAUUCCAUCGUGGAUCUCAAAUCUAACUUCUCUCACCGUUCUCCGGAUCUCUAACUGUGGAUUGUCUGGACCAGUGCCUUCUUCAAUAGGAAACUUAAGGGAAUUGACCACAUUAGCAUUGUACAACUGCAACUUUUCAGGGACGGUUCCUCCACAGAUCUUAAAUUUGACGCGGCUGCAAACUCUCCUGCUCCAUUCAAACAAUUUUGCUGGCACGGUGGAUCUCACCUCAUUCUCAAAACUGAAAAACCUAACUUUCCUGAAUCUCUCAAACAAUAAACUACUUGUGGUAGAAGGAAAAAAUAGUUCAUCACUGGUAUCGUUCCCCAAACUACAAUUACUAAGUUUAGCAUCUUGCAGCAUGACAACCUUCCCAAAUAUCUUGAGGGACCUUCCUGACAUCACUAGCCUUGACCUUUCCAAUAACCAAAUCCAGGGAGCUAUACCUCAGUGGGCAUGGAAAACAUGGAAAGGCUUGCAGUUUAUCGUCCUGAACAUAUCUCACAAUAACUUUACGAGCCUCGGAUCUGAUCCUUUUCUGCCUCUUUAUGUGGAAUACUUCGAUCUCAGUUUCAACAGCAUUGAAGGGCCCAUACCUAUACCACAAGAAGGUAGUAGCACGUUAGAUUACUCAAGCAACCAGUUCUCAUACAUGCCUCUUCGUUACUCGACUUACCUUGGUGAAACUGUGACUUUCAAGGCGUCCAAAAACAAACUUUCUGGGAAUGUUCCACCGUUGAUCUGCACCACUGCUAGGAAACUGCAACUCAUCGAUCUAUCUUAUAAUAACUUGAGUGGCUCAAUCCCAUCUUGUUUAUUGGAGAGUUUCAGCGAACUACAAGUAUUAAGUCUGAAAGCAAAUAAAUUUGUUGGAAAAUUACCUGAUAUUAUCAAGGAAGGUUGUGCACUUGAGGCAUUGGACUUAAGUGACAAUUCGAUUGAAGGGAAGAUACCCCGAUCUCUAGUUUCCUGCAGAAACUUGGAGAUCCUCGACAUUGGAAGCAAUCAGAUCAGUGACUCUUUCCCAUGUUGGCUUAGUCAACUCCCUAAACUUCAGGUCCUUGUCCUCAAAUCUAAUAAGUUGACUGGUCAAGUAAUGGAUCCUUCAUACACAGGACGUCAAAUCAGCUGUGAAUUUCCAGCACUCAGAAUUGCUGAUAUGGCAUCAAAUAACUUAAAUGGAAUGCUGAUGGAAGGAUGGUUUAAGAUGCUCAAGUCCAUGAUGGCCAGGUCUGAUAAUGACACGUUAGUCAUGGAAAAUCAAUAUUACCAUGGGCAGACAUACCAGUUUACCGCUACAGUUACAUACAAAGGGAAUGACAGGACAAUUUCCAAGAUCUUGAGAAGCCUUGUGCUAAUCGAUGUCUCCAGUAACGCAUUCCAUGGUGCCAUCCCAGAUACCAUUGGUGAACUUGUUCUGCUUCGUGGGCUUAACCUGUCACACAAUGCCCUUACAGGGCCAAUUCCAUCACAGUUUGGCAGGUUAGAUCAACUUGAGUCAUUGGACCUCUCUUUCAAUGAGCUUUCUGGAGAGAUCCCCAAGGAACUAGCAUCACUGAACUUUCUUUCGACGUUGAACUUGGCGAACAACACGUUGGUUGGAAGAAUACCAGACUCAUAUCAGUUUUCCACAUUUUCCAAUAGCUCUUUUUUGGGAAACACAGGUUUGUGUGGACCACCGUUAUCUAGACAAUGUGACAACCCUGAAGAGCCAAUCGCUAUACCAUACACUUCAGAGAAAUCCAUAGAUGCUGUACUUCUCCUCUUCACUGCAUUGGGAUUUGGCAUUUCUUUUGCAAUGACUAUCUUGAUUGUAUGGGGAAGCCACAUGAGAAAACGACACUGAGAGUACUUUGUGUAUGUAUACAACUCUAGCAGUAUUGAGUGAGGCCAAUAUUCUUAACUGAAGCUAUGAACGUUCUGAUUUGAGCAAUAAUCCUGGGACUGUUGUAACAUGAAUUCCUAUUUGACAGGUAGCUAGUGCAUUUGGUUCUUGUAA